AUGGCUCCGAUAGAGCUAGCUAAACUUAAGACUCAGUUGGAAGAGCUUCUGAGUAAGAGGUUCAUUCGACCAAGUGUCGAGAGGCACCUCGCUAGGCAUUUGGAGUUCCUAGCACAACGGAGUUGGGAUGUCGCUCCAGGAAUGAAAACUGAUGUGGCGUCCUAUAUCAAGAAAAUCCGAAGCCGAAUGCUUGUUGCUCAAAGUCAUAAAAAAAGCUACGCCGAUCAAAGGAGAAAGCCUUUAGAGUUUGAGAAAGGGGAGCAUGUGUUCUUAAAGGUCACACUAGCAACCGAAUAUACUCCUGAUGCCAGUCAUGUUCUGGAACCUGAAUCGGUUCAAGUAAGAGAAGAUUUGACACUGCAAGUAACCCCGGUUAGAAUUGAUGACACCAGCAUUAAACGGUUGCGCGACAAAGAGGUUUCAUUGGUGAAAGUUGCUUGGAAUUGGGCUGGAAUCGAACAACACACGUGGGAACUUGAAUCCGAAAUGCGAAAGGACUAUCCACACUUGUUCUCAGAUAACCAAAUUUGA